AUGCCACUUUUUAGCUCUCCUGUUAAGGUAGGAGGACUGUACUCUAUGCAAACCUUUGGAUAUUUCCCCCCAAUUUGGUAAAUCCUGCGGACAACUGGAUCACUAUAGAAAACAUUAGAAAUGACACCAACGUCAAGAAGAAGGAUAUGUUGUUUUUGUCAGUCUACUGUGCUUCAUUUUUGUGAACAGAAUAUAAACGCAAUCUAAUUUACAGUACACCAGUACACGUUUUUUUAAAAAACUUUCCAGACAAGUGGAAGAAUCUUAUAUAGUAUUAGAGAGCCUUUGGUUCAUGUGAAAGGCAAAUUCACAGGCAGGGAGGAGGAUUACAGGAAGGGCUCUGAGUUGCUUCUUAUCACGCUGUAACAUCCAGCUUGCGGGCGCACUCAAGACGCUUCUUCGAGCUUCAGAGGGAGGAAAGGAAAACUCAUGGAAAACAAAAUGCACGGAAAGAUGAGUGCCAGCAGCACCACGUCGAUCGCUGAUUCAACUGAUUCGAAAGUAAGCGACUUGAUUGAUGCUGGAUACAGCAGGUCUGUCAAAGUGGUCGCGCGUAGUUUGGGAAAUCUAGACCCUUUAAUUCAUGGCUUAAAUUCGAGUGGGGACUGCUCGGUUUAUAAGGACUGCAAUUCUAUUGAGGCGUCGGUUUCUGCAAAACAGUCUUAUGACAGCAACGGUGACUAUUUAAAGUCUGGUUGUGUUCCCUGGGAAGAAUUAGUUAAACUUCAUAGGUCCAGCGCAUCUCUGUCGGAAAGUACCGCAAAUCUAAGCCUGUCCUCCACACCUUGUAAGUUCAUUAAAGACGAAAAGGAGCCCGCUGUGAUUAUGGACACCCCCUGUCCGAAGUUUGACACAUCACCUGAGAUCCGCACUCUCGACACCUGUUGCGAAACAGAGAGCAAGCAACAUCUGGGGCUUGAAGUAAUUCCCCGGCCACGGAUGGAGGGUUCUCCUAAUUUUCUUAUAGAGCUGACCAAGCCAGAGCAGCUGGGGAACUCCGGAAGGACCGACUCCAGGUGUACUGUGUCCGCCCAUUCCCCCGCGCCUCACACCACUUUACGUUGGCAGAUCCAAACCCCUAGUUCUGAGCCUCCGUACUGGCUCCACACCACAGCUAUGACCGAGACGGACGCCUUUCCAGCCAGCAGCUACGAAGGGAUUCCGAACCACACCCAGACCCAGAGGAACCCUUCACCUUUCUCCACCUUUCCAGGGAUGCAGCCUCACAGAAUGUGUGUUAUCUGUGGUGAUGAAGCAUCUGGCUGCCACUAUGGAGUCCUAACGUGUGGGAGUUGUAAAGUAUUUUUCAAAAGGGCAGUGGAAGGCCAUCACAGCUAUCUCUGCGCUGGGCGAAAUGAUUGCAUUGUGGACAAAAUUCGGAGAAAAAAUUGCCCUGCCUGUCGCCUCAGAAAGUGUUAUCAAGCAGGAAUGAUGCUUGGAGGCAGGAAACUGAAGCGCUUUGGAGCCUUGAAGGCCUUGGGCUUGGCCCCGUCCCUGAUGUUCCAGUCCCAUUUGGCCAUGUCCGGAGAUGGCCAGGCCUUGACCUCUGUGUCUUGUGUCCCAAGCAUCCAUGAGCUUCAGCUUUCCCAACAAAUAAUUAACAUCCUGGAAAACAUCGAGCCUGAGAUUGUGUACUCUGGUUACGACAACUUACAACCUGAAGUUCCACACCUUUUGCUCAAUAGUCUCAACAGGCUGUGCGAGAAACAGCUGCUGUGGAUUGUCAAGUGGUCCAAGUCCCUGCCAGGUUUUCGAAAUCUUCACAUCAACGAUCAGAUGACUCUAAUUCAGUACUCAUGGAUGAAUCUGAUGGUGUUCUCUCUUGGGUGGCGCUCUUUUCAGAAUGUCACCAGCGAAUAUUUAUACUUUGCACCUGAUCUGAUUCUUAGCCAGGAGCAAAUGAGGAGAUCCCCAAUUUAUGAUCUCUGCCUGGCGAUCCAGUUCAUUCCUCAGGAGUUUGCCAACCUACAAGUGACCCGUGAGGAAUUCCUCUGCAUGAAAGCUAUAAUAUUACUCACCACAGUGCCUCUUGAAGGUCUGAAAAGUCAGGCCGCAUUUGAGGAAAUGAGACAAAACUACAUACGAGAGCUGUCCAGAGCCAUUCACAUGAAGGAGAAGGGCAUGGUGGCCAGCUCCCAGCGGUUCUACCACCUUACCAAACUGAUGGACGCCAUGCAUGAUAUAGUGAAGAAGGUCAACCUGUUCUGUCUGAGCACCUUCAUCCAGGCUGACGGCAUGAAAGUGGAGUUUCCAGAGAUGAUGUCAGAAGUCAUCGCCUCUCAACUUCCCAAGGUGCUGGCUGGGAUGGUGAAACCCCUGUUGUUCCACACGAAGCAGUAAUGCAAACAUCAUGACUAUGGUGGUGGCCUUUGACUGGAUUAUCAUUGCAAAAUGCUUAAAUCUUCAGACACUGCAUUCUGCUGUAGUCAAAUGUGUAAACUAUGAUAAAUGCCUCAAUGUAAGGCAAAAUGGUAAAAAAACCCCACAUGGAUUCACAUGAAUGUAAAGUGCCUCUGAAAGCAUGAAUGUCCUUGAUUGUUUAAUUUCCAGUUUUAAAUCAUGUUACAAAAACAAACUUGAAUAUAUUUUAUUUGCUUUUUCUGUAACAGACCAACAUAAAACAGUGCAGAAUUUGUAAGUUUAUAGUCUAGAUAAAAUAAUAUUUUGCUGCAGGGUAAUAUCUAAAGUAGGGGUCACUUUAGCCAAAUGUUUUCCAUCUUUGAUUGCUUUUUUUUUUAUUAUUAUUUGAAACAGUGACAGAAAAGCUGGAGGGCCACCCAUCAUUUUGUCAGAUUACAAUUCACACUCCUGACCAAUUCAUGUAGUAGUAGACAUGUUUACGUGCAAAGUACAGCUAAUUAAGGACUUGUCCACACGGACAUGAUUUUCAGUGUAUCUGCAAAAGAUUUUUGUUGUUUAAGCAGUGCAUUCACAUGGAUUCAGAGUCUUGUGAGACCACAAACUAUGAUUUUUAGUGACGUUGAAGCUCCAUUUCUCUUUAUGACUUGCAUGCACAUCAAUUUCACAAGUAAACAUGGCUGGUUUGGUGUGUUUUGUGUUGUUCUCUGGUAGCACUACAGCACCACCGAUUGGCCCGGCAUACCUAUUACAUAUUUUUCUGUGAUGUCCUGUCAUGUUGGCCCACAUAUUUGUUUUAAGUGUUUCCAAAAAAAUAUCAUGCUCAUUCUCCUCAUUCAAAGGGUUUGUCAACAGUUCGGUUGGAGAAAUGUUUCCUAAUUUCAAAACAACUGAUAGAAGUGGCUUUUAAUUUCAGUCUCUUGUGUAGCAGCAGAAAACAGAUUCAGCUUCCAGAUCAACAUCAAAAUUCCCAUGAGAAAUCAUCUGUUUGAGGUAAAUGUGACAAUAGAGUCAGCAGGAAUUCUCUUUGAAACAUUAGACUAAGGACAAGUAAGCAAGCAAUUUCAUUGUUUUUACAUAUUGGUCCCACAGUCAGUAUUUUUUAUCACAGUGGAUGGAUUUGUUUGCUUGAUGUAUGAUGGAAUGGUAUGGAUUGUUCAGCCUAUUCGGGUUGAAUUUUAGUUAAAAUGAAUUGAAUGUCCAAUAGUCUCUGUGUUUUCUGAAUAACAGGAUAUCUGUAUUGAUAAUGAAAUUAACUUAACCCUCCUGUUGUCCUAAAAUAACAUUUAGUGGAUCUUUGGGGAGUUUUAACAUAGUGGCGGGUCAUUUUGACCCGAGGACAACAGGACGGUUAAACACAAACCAUCUAUUUUUCAUUCAUGUUUAGAUGCCACUUUGUGUUGGUCUUUGACAAAAAAAUCACAAUAAAAUGUAUUAAAGGUU